AGGGAGCGAGGUGCGUUUUGCGUCGUCCUGUUCAUUUAAAAAAUCCACAACCAGCAGACCAGAUCAUCCUCAGCGAAUUCCAAGAAUGGGACGAUAAGAAGAGUGAAAUUUAGGAGUGUAAAAGCACAAUGUAAAGUGAAGGCUUGCACAGGGGUUAGCUGAAAAAGUUGUCAAGGAUAACUGGAUCCGAAAGAAAGUUUGCAGCUGUUCGCAGUGGUUCUGCCCCCGAGCGUUAUCGAUCCUUGCGGACCGAAGAAUAUCGUCCUACGCCGGUGCCCCUCGCGUUCCUGCUCGGAUGUAUCCGGGUGGCAAACGCAAGCUGGAUGUCCGUCUGUUCCUAUGGGGUCUGUUUCUGCUGCAAAUCUCACUCAUCUGUCUGUUUCUGCUGUUCGGCACUUUGCUGGUGUCGCCAGCGACGGACGAUACCAGCGAAGAGAUCGCAGUAGCUGAGCAACGGCGGCCACAGGAUGAUGGCAACGCAGUGGCCUCUUCGAUUGGCCAAGUUUGGUCCUCUUUCGGUGUACGAUUCAUCUCCCACCGGACGUCGGGUGGGGCGUCACCCGAUGUCGGGACGAAAACAGCUGAAAGCAACUCUCUGCUACUCCGCCGCAACUUCUCUCAGCGCGAGAAUGCGCCGUAUGGUGAUGCGUACUACCAUGGUGACGCCAUCGCCGGUCAGCUGUUGGACGGAAAGCAGCACCCAAGACACCCCAAAUACCGACCGUGGAUCCAGCGAGCCCUACCGGUACCGGCGCGUGCCAAACAAGCUUUCAGAACCGUUUCUUAUCCAGACUGGCGUGGGUUACACCGACGAAAGUUAUGCUUCAUCGAGGGUACGCGACGGAAUGCAACGAUUGACGCCACCGCUCUUCACCACUCACCCACCAGCAGCAAAACCAAUGAGACUGAGUUAAAAGAUACAGGAAUAGCAGUGACCAAGGCCGUGGAUGCGGCAAGCGAGCUUAUCAACCGGCGGCGCGAUGGUGAUGAUGCAGGAGACGAACAUGUGUUCGAUGCGGAAGGAAGUAUCGUGGCAGUUGGCGAAGAUGGAUCGAUCGGACGGUGUCGAUGUAAUGCCCAGUGGCAUGGAGCCGACUGUGGUCAGCCGGAGGUAAUAUGGCGUGCAUUCAUCACAUCCAAAAUACCGGCCGGUGAUCGACCGGUGGAUGCACCGCGUAAGCUGGCCCGCAAUGUGAUCUACAUCGUGCAGAGCACAUAUGUCAGUAUCGAGGUGCUGGAGAUACAGCUGAUGGAGCUGUACGAGCAGGUCAGCCUGUUUGUGCUUUGCGAUCGGCAGCCAGUUGACCCAGCGGUACCCUCGCAGAAGGAUUUUUCCUUCGCCGAUCACUACGAGAGCACCGAUUUCCUACGCUCGUUGCACCACCGGCUACUGAUCGUCUCGGAUGUGACGUGUAGCGGCCAGAAUGUGUUCCGAAAGGUGCAGAAAUAUAGCACCAAAGCAUCGAUCCGACCGGACGAUAUUGUGCUGGUGAGCGGGACGGAUGAGAUAUUGAACCGUAAGGCGGUUGCCUACCUUCGCUGGUACGACAAUUGGCCCCAACCGGUACGGUUUCGGUUGAAGCAUAACGUGUACGGGUUUUUCUGGCAGCAUGCAACGAACCGCACCGUGAUCGGGAGUGCUGCCGUGCAGGUUAGCACGCUGCGUGAAGUGUACGCCUCUGAUCCGGAUCGUUUGCUACUGAUCGAAAAGCCGGUAAUGCUGAUCGGUGAUCUGAAUCAUUUCGGUGGCUGGUACUGUCGGCGCUGCUAUCAACCCGGUUCGGUUGUGCGAUAUUUUGAGCAAUGGGCAGCCCUCUACCGGCCAGGUGAUGUUCAGCCGAUCCUUCCCGAUCCGAAGCGUACGGCUGUGCUGAACGAAGCGUACGUGCAGCAGUUGAUCGCCUCCGGGAAGGAUUUGGAAGACGGAGAGCGACCACUCGAGCGGAUAAGCCAGCGAACGGACCAUUACUAUCAGCCGGAGUACGUGCGUGAGAAUAGCUGGAAGUUUGAUAACAUCGUACUGAAUCUCUACGCUCGCUGGGAGGACAGCAUUGCGGAGGAUGAUUACCUUAGCUAGGCUAAGACUCCCCGGUUUGGUACCUGAGUUGGAGCCAUCAAUUGAAUCUUCCAGCGAUCUUCCAUCUAUCAUCGAAUCUCUUCCUCUCGAACCAAAUAACACUCACAAACACCACACAUAAUCAUUCAAAACCUAGUCAAAUCGUAUCUCAUAAUCGCUUUUAAAGAACGCCCCCGGAUCCCCAGUCCACCCAUUCGCAAAAUUCGCUAUCAUGACCGUCAAGUUUUAUCAAUACCCAAUCCCCCCACUAGCAGCUGUAGCAGACAAAACUACUUAACGAUGCUGUUUAACGGUGAUCGACAUAUUUAUAUACCGGAAAGGUCAACCAGGCGUUACGGCCCUCAGUCAAGUGAUAAGCCAGUAGAAGACAGAAUGAAAAACUUUUCGUGAGCCAAGGCUGAUUAGGGAACGAUUAACGGAGAAGAAACCUAUAUAGCUAGACACCAAUUAGGUAGGGAAGCAGGGAGUGCCAGGUAGGGACAGAGUGGCGGCCGAGUGCAGGGAAUCAUAUUCAUACUCGCAACCAAAGGACGUAGUACAGAGCAAUCGCGACCCCGAGAGCAGGAUAGUCUGAGGGAUGAAAAUGGGCCAAGGAUAAUCGUCAUUUUCAAUCCGGUACGAAAAGAAUGGAAGGGAGUAACCACCACACCACUGGUGAUGACUGUGGAUAGACUGCUGCGUUUUUGAAGCGGAGGCGAACCGAGGGCGUACACUAGCUAAGGACUAAUAAAUAGUUAUUUGUUUUCUAAUUGAGAUAAAAUUUGCUAAAUUAAAUGCAAGUGAACGGGA